UCAGAUAGAUGUGAUUGUGUAUAUAGGAUAUAUCGUCUUGUCUGUUGCUGGGAGUUUAUUUGAACCAGCUGUGACUGCACAGCAGCAUAAAGCUUUAAGUGCAUUCAUUAACCUCAGGGUGCUCUGUUCAUUUACUCGUUUAUUUAGGCGUUAAUUACUUUUUUCCCCCUUUUUUGCAGCUCGUCGUUAAUCAGAUAACUGCGUGUUAUUUGAAAUCUUGGAGAAAAUGCAAAAUGCUGGUCUCUGUUUUUUUUUUUUUUUUUUCUGCAUGAGAGAAAAGGUGAUUGAUCUUAGGGAACCGACGGCUCUUACUGAUAUGAAGCGGUUCAUUAACCCUGAAUACGAAGCCCGAGCUCCCGUGUAAUCGGUCACUGGCGCGUUCAUCGCUCCAGAGGUUUCCACUGCAUAUUAUUCCUGAAUAAAUGUGCAUAUUCUGGACUUGCACAUAAAGCCACGCGCAAAGCUCAAUCUGCUUUCCGGUGGACGAAAUCAUAAAAUAGGCUACGGUGCAAGAAAUAAGGGUGUUUUACAACACACUCUCUCUCACACACACAGUAUUGCUUGUUAAAUUUGUUUGGCUUUUUACAUCCAAACCAUCUCGUCUCGUCUCUGUCGUUGUGCCAGUGCCGUAAAAUACGCCAGUCUAAGAUUGACAGAAUGACAGCAAUACGGAAUCUCAGUACACAAGGGACACUUUAGGCAAACGCUUUACUUCCACACUAAACGUUAAAAUUUCUAACGGACCUAAACGAAGCGUGUUUAUUAAAAGGAAUUGUUUUAGGCUCAGCGUGUUGUUUUGAGCAGACGUUGGCGUGCGCGCGCAAAAUGGAGCUUUUCCGCACGAUGAGGGAGCGACAGGGCGCGAGACACCUAAUACCCGCCUCAGACCGGGAACCGGGACAAAAAUGCCCUCUGCCGCUUGCAGUGCUCUUAAUGACACUGUCUGCAUCCGUGCUAAACACAGACACUGAGCACGUUUCACGCAGCGAAGCGACUCGAAACGGACGGACUCAAGCACGCAGCGCAUUUCCACUGCAACUUCGAAUCGCUAUAGAUUUAUUAAAAGCUGUGUUGCUUAUUGUUCGCGUUUUAGUGCUUGCCGUUUUCGGCGAUGACGCGGGUGUACGCGCUCUCCUUGUUAAUAUGUGCCAGGCUAGGCUAUUCGGGGCCACGUGGCGCACAAAGCCACCUUCCUGUCCGACAUUUUCACAGCAGCUCAGAGCUCGCCUCAGGGGACUGGGUGCUUCUACCGGAACCGGCAAUAAAAACACACUCGGGGUUUAUGCAACCCCCCACUCCGCGUGUGGGCGCGAGCUUCGGGUUCCACAUCAUUACGCCUGAGCCGCAGCGGAGGAGCAUCUGAAACACAAGAGGACCAAUCUUUUUCCUUUUUUUUUUUCAGAGCCAUCAUUUUUUUUCGUUCUUCUCGUGUGGGAGUAGGAAUUCUUUUAUUCAUAAGGGGCAUGUUAUGCCACUUCCAUUAAGCGCCUUUGUACUUUGAUGCAUUAACAACUGAUAAGCAUUUUUUCACAUUUUCAUAAUUGCGGGCAACAUAUCUGUGGUACAGUAGGAAAAAAAAGAAGAAAAAAACGGCGAGCGUGUCCAUUUAAACGAGCAUGGAGAAUGUUAGCAAUGAUAAAACUAGUAGUAAUAGUAAUGACAGUCAUAAUAAGAAUAGAAAUGAUGAUGAUGAUGAUGAUGAUGAUGAAAACCCACGAAACCAGAAAGGCGCACUUACAGCCCAGCAAUGUUGGCUUAACGCACUAUUCAUUUCUCACUGGUGCUGAGUAAAAUGGUGUGUGAGAAUUAUGCUACAUUUUGGGUACCUGAUAACCCCAUAACACACUCUUUAUUUUGCCUCUAAAGGGGCUUGAUUGGUGGUGAGUCAGCGCGGGGGAUGGAAAGCGCCUAGCUGAAGGGCCGUCACUGGGCUAAUGCUGAGUGGCAGUCGAUAAUGCCAAGGCGGAUCACACUCUGCCCUCUGGCCCCUAACCACUGACAGCCCAGGUAGAAACACACGAGCUUUACUCCGUUUGGAGCUAAUAAUAUAUGGAUUUAGAGCCUAACACGUGUUAAAACGUGUCCUCUUUCAAAACCACAAACGGUCAGAAUUAAAGCGCGUGGGUUUGUUUUUCAGUUUGUUUGGAACUGGUUUGAAUGUGUCAAGAUAUACUAGAUAUACUCGUUAGACCGAAGGCCCUGUUUGUGUCAUGGAGUUGAUUAGUGGUUCAGGAACAUGUCGUGACGCAUCCAGCAUUUUCAGAAAUUGUUGAAAUGAGAUUUUCCCAUUGUGCGAAGGCGCUGCCACUUCCAAUGAGACUCGCGGGACUUCAAUAUGCGCAGUGCGACUAAUUCAAUUACACCAACCAUAAACUGUGAUUGGCGGGUUUGUGGUGGGUCAAGACUCCGCCAGAGUAUUUUAGCAAUUAGGCCUUAUUCCUAAAGAGGAUGAAUAUUUGAGUUAUAACCACGUGAGUAAAGGCUGCUGCAGAGCAUCUUCAUAUAAUUUAAUGGAUUGCAUCCCAGUGAGUCCUAUUUUAAGGAUCAUGUGUAUGUAAAAAUAAUUGAACCAAAAAUGCACGUAAUUCCCACAAAUGAUAGCCUCUAAAUAGGGACAGAAUGAGAGGAUGACGCGCGAGCCAGAUGGAUGAAAUUCGGCGACGGGCGCGAGAGACAAAGACUGGCAAAUUGGAGGUGCUCGGGAAAUGGAGCGGAAAUGGAGCGGCGGAGCGGAGCCGCGUGCGUCACGGCGGCCUCAGUCGCUUGGCUUGGGUCCAGGUCCGAUUAACGGGCAACUCAGUCCCUACACAUACCAGACCGAAGGGGGGAAAACUAGUGUUUUUAAAAGGGGGAUACCGGACGCCGCCAGAAGAGCUGCGUCUGUGCACCAAACAGGAGUUUCACUUUAUUUAAACUCUUCAAUUAGCCUCCCAAUUAAAUAGGCCCACGCAUAAUUUAUCAUCAUUCUGCUUCCGAACGCACGCCACUUAAUGAAUAAAAGGGAAUUUGAGAAGUUCGUUUAAGCGAGAAUAUGUUUCUGAUUUCCAAGCACGGUGCUCUCCGUUCUUAAUGGAGAGAGUUGCUUCAUUCAUGCCGUUUCCGUUCAUUCAUCAGAGCAGCGUAACGUACCCUCUGAGUUCAAACGAGACACGAAAUUCUUAUCAAUGAAGGGGGUGACGUCAAAGGCGGCGCGCGCUGACUCGUCGGUCACGUGGCCCCACGCGCCUGUACUUAUCGGCGCUGAGCUGUCCGCGGUCCUGAUAAAAAAAAAUCACGCGCCACACUGACGUACAACAACCAAUAACAGCUUUCACAUGUGCAAAUAAGAGUGAAUCGUAAACGAAGAUCAGUCUGGGCCUGGAAAAGAAACUUUUUUUUUUCUUAGUUUCGAAUUAAAUAAGGACUGAGAUCUUCGAGCUUCAUUCGUCAGACACGCACAGGAGGCACAGGAGCGCUUCUGAGUUGCAGCUGAAUUUUGUGUGGGAUCGCAGGUGCUCACCCCGUCCCCUCUCCCCCAGCCCCAUCUGGUCUGCUCUGCAAGGACAUGACCUGCUGCCAUCCUCCCUCCUCUACUCUCCUGUUAGUCCUGCUCAGCAUUGCUCCACAGCUACCUGCUGCUGCCCCACUGCUUACUGAAAGCCCUCUCACGGGCACCAGCAAUGAGACACUCUGGCUGGUGCACCCAGAACCAGCCACAGCAGCUGGAGCGGUCAGGACACACAGGAAAGUGGAAGGCAUCCUCCAGAUUCCUCUGGGACAGGGCCGCUUUACAGACAUAGACUCUGCCAGGGCGCUGGUGUCUGUCUUGUUAGAGGCUCUUGAUCAUCCAGCUAGAGAAGAGAAGGGAAACCUGGUAGAGACAGAGGAGUACAUGAAGAAGGAGCCAUGGAAGGAGCUGGAGAUGUGGAGUGAUCAGGAGGACCACAGAAAACCUGAACAAGGCAUAGGUGAGGAGGAGAAUAUGGAGAUACCCCAGUCUGGAGUGACUGAGGCAGUGCAAGGAGUGGAGAAUGGAGGAGAAGAAAAGGUAGGACUAACAGAUCCAAGGGUUUCAGAUGAGGAGGACGAGAAUGGAAAUGGUGAAAACAAGUUUGAGGAAAAGGAAGGGCUUCUGCAGAGUUUGCUCAGUAAGAAAGCAGCGGUCCCAGCCCAAAUCAUCACCUCGCUACAGCGUAAAACCAGGGGCUAUUUUCAAAACAUUGACCUUGGUCUCCAGGACAAUGAGAUCCUCCCACCUCUGAAGGGCUACAAAGCUUAUAACCAGCAGCUGGCUUUGGCCAGCAAGAAGCUCAAGUGGCAGGAAGAGAGAGAGAAAAACCCCUCCCAGCUCGACAGAAACUUCAUGGAUGAUUUUGACUUCAUAGAAGAGGAGGAGGAGGUCCUUCCACGCGAGGAAGAGGAGGCAAGAGCACGAGCUGAGCAGGAAGAGGUGCGGAGACAGGAGGCAGAGGCACAAGAGGCGAGAGAGGAGGAGCAGAGACUUGCAGACAUCGCCUCUGACAUGCUUCUGGAAUACAUGGGGAGGAAACAAAAAACAGCCACUUAUAUGAAAGACAGGAAGAAUGCUUUAUUGCUCAACAAUGUGGCUGAGGACAAGCGGUCUAAUGAAGUGGAGGACAGUGAUGAUGAUGAAAUGGACCCAGAGACAAUUGACAAGCUGAUCGAAAUCUCUAGUAAACUGCACCUACCUGCUGAUGAUGUAGUUGAGAUCAUUACAGAUGUGGAGGAGAAGAAGAAGAGGAAGGACCCACCCCCCAGCAAUGCCCCUCGUUUCCGGCCUUUAGUCCCACUCAAAGCCAAACAAAGGGCUCCCCUUUAUCAAUACCCUAAGACCCCAAAGAAAUCCUCUUACAAGAUGAACCCAUAUAAAAAGUGGUACAAGGAGAAAAGUAAAUCCAAGUUCCACAAGCAGGACUACUGGUUUAAGCCAGAGAAGCAGUUACUAGCAUAUCCUUCCUUUCCCUACUAUCAGAAGCCAUAUCGAGCCUAUUAUCCUGUCUAUUUUCCAUCUCCUAAACCACGCUUCUACACAAAUCCUGCACUCUCCUUUGACUACAACUUUGGGGACCCCAUUGGUUAUGGCUUCAAGCCUCCCAAACGUAGGUACAAAGACAGAGCCAAGGGGAGGGAGCGAAACUGGGUGCAAGGGGCCCGCCGGCCCCAAAACAUCUACCCUUUAGCAGACACAGUCAUUUCUAACUACAUCCUUCCUCAUCCCCGAACUUACCAGACGCUCCCCGUGCCCAAAGCCCGCUCUCCUCCAAGUGCAGUGGCACCUGGCUAUUAUUACCAUCCAGACUAUGCUUAUGAUGAGCCAGAGCCUGUGCCAGAUAGUGACGAUGAGCUGGAGAACUUCAUUGAGAAGAUUUACUACAAUCGAAGGUUAUUCUAGAUAGUUCUCUAUCUGUGGGAAAGACCUGUGAUAAACCAUAGCGAUGAAAAAAGAGUGAGGAGAACAAAGAGAAAAAUGGAGAAAGUGAGGGAGUGAGGUUAAGGGCUGAGGAAAGACUAAUUCUAUGUUACUUCUCCACUCUUGUUUUUUAAAACAUUCCAGGUUAGGCCAGAAAAGCGAUGAUAAUGAGGUACUGGACCCUCUUUGUGUGUUUGCAUUCUGUUCCUCUCGCAGUUUACAUUUUCAUUUGGUGAGAGAACUUACGGGUGAAUUUGACAGGCUUCAUUCAGGUAUGGUUUUACUCUUGCAUGUCAAAACAUUUUAGGUGCCAAUUGCAAGAGACCCAUGUUUACACAAAGAUUACUUUUAAUGCUUGAUUAAUUAAGUGAUUUUAAAAAAGGGUCUCAGCUUGGGGCUGAAUUCUUGACUCACUAGUGAAAUUAUUACUGACCCAUCUUUUUCAUAGGCCAUGUUUAGUUGUUAUCAGUAGUCUUUUUGUCUUAAUAUGGCUCUAUUUAAUUCAUGUGCAUGCAGGUCUUGCACCCUUGAAACUAAUAACUUUAUGUGAAACAAAAACAAAUAUCCACCACAAACUUGAAAGCAAAUCUUCCAUUCUGUUUAAAUAAAUGCAAAAUGGUGGGUGUCUUUAAUGGAUGGAUGUCCUGUGACGGUAGUUUUUUCAGUAUUCUUUCACCUUGCCAAUGAUUUACUCAAUGCCUCACAUAAACAUUUUUAAAACGCCUUUAUUACAAUUUAUGGGUUGGUUCUAGCAUUCUAUCAACACAUUGUAUCUUUGUCUUGAGGGUCAGAAGAAAGCUGUAUAUAUUAUGUCUAUUCAAAAGAAGUUUUAAAACACUUGAAAAGUCUUGAGAAAUGAACUGAGGUUGAAACUUCUGCACGUCUAUCUGUAUUUGCAUCUUAAAAAAAACAGAAAAAAAUAUGGGGGAACUUGCCUCUUUGAAAAACUGUGGUUAUUUAAAAAAAAAAACACAAAAAACCCUAAGAAAGAAAUCUUUGUUUCCACAAGUGAAUUAGUCUUGUGAAAGGAAUUUGUUGUUGAUGUCACCUUCCAGAUUGUAAGUUGUACAGUGUGAAAUAAACAAGUGCGUGCAAUGUGUAAAUAACAGCAUGUUGAUUACUAGUUUUGCUAUACGAAAAAAAUAAAAACCACUAUUUUAUUAAAGAUCAUUUUUUAAAAAUGCCUUAUUGGAGAGCGUUUGAUUAGUCAUCCAGAAUAAUGUGCCAUUUAAGCCUUUCAAGUGCACUGUUUCAUUUUACAUUCGACAAAAGUGGACUUUGACUAACAGAUUGUACAGUGUAGCAUUGUUCCUUUUCACCUGCCUGUAACAUUGACAAUAUAUAAAGGUUGGAAUUGUCACCUAAAUCCUGGUAUGAUGCAUUUAUC